CAUCCGUCCGCAGCCUAUCCAAUUCCAAAUCCGCAGACCGAAGCGGAAGCGGGGCACACACAGAGAAGCCAUGGCGCUGUCCCUCUCCCUCGCGCGCCCCGCGCCCCUCGCCGUCUCUGCCGGCGCCGGAGCCAGGAAGCUCCCCGCAGCCAGCCUCGCCUUCCCGGCCAAAUCAUUCUUCGGCGCACCGCUGGCAGCCACCGCGGCCUCCGUCGCGUCGCCGCUCCCGCGCAAGCCGGCCACCUCCACCUCGCUCGAGGUCGUCGCGGCGGGGAAGAAGGGGUACAAGAUGAAGACGCACAAGGCGUCGGCGAAGCGGUUCCGGGUGACGGGGAGGGGCAAGAUCGUGCGGCGGUGCGCCGGGAAGCAGCACUUGCUCGCCAAGAAGAACACCAAGCGCAAGAAGAGGCUCUCCAAGAUGGUCCAAGUCAACAAGAGUGACUACGACAAUGUGACGGGCGCACUGCCCUACCUCAAAGUGAAUAGGAAAGCAAACUGAGAUCUACGUCGUCUUCAAAAGUCAAGUUUCAUUCCACCAAAUUGUAAUUUUGUGUAUCUUCGGCUGUAUUUCCUUUCAAAUACUGAGGCAUCAUAUCAAAGCAAGCAAAAAAACAACUUCUGGUACCAACAGUUUAGCGAUAUUUCAGAAUGAGGCACACCACUUACUAUAGUUGUUAUUUAGUCACAAAUCUGUGCAAAUAGGAGUGGCACUUGAGCCAUUAGCUCCUAUUGUUUUCACUGGCCUGUCUCGAAUCUCAAGCUAAUGGUUUUCAUUUGUA